UUUAAAAGCAUCGUUAAAGCUCAUAAUCAAUUCAGUUUUAAUAGAUUAUCUGAGUCCAAAUCAAAGCAUUUUCGAGACCUAAAUUCGGGGCUUGUCAAAUUAGAACCACCCCUCGAACCAACACACAAUCUCAGCACAUGGAACAAAAUUUGUUCUGUGUCGACCAAGUAAGUGUACGGUUACGUUUCGACGGUACCGAUUUACCAAUAGCUCAUACAUUCAAUUUACGCAAUAGAAUAAUCACACUUUGAUCGGCAGGCAACUAAGUAUGCGCGACAUGUUGAUGAAUGGUUAUAUCGAUCUUUGCGAUGGUAGGACAGAGUUCUUGAUCCCAAAUAUUAAUAAAUUAUUACGUUCUCUUAUAUGUCAGGUUAUAGAUAGAUAUAUAGAUUUCAUGAGAUUUUAUGACAUUCGUUGUUCAGAAGGAAAGAAUCAGUUCAAGUCGUCAGUAUGGCAGAACCAUCUCCUCUAAUUGACAUAAACGUCGGAGGACAAAUAUUUACAACAAAACUUAAAACAAUUGCAAAAUUCCCCGAUUCAGUUCUUGGGAGAAAAGCUGCUUAUUUUCUUGCCAACUCGAAAUUUGAUUCGUCUGACAUUGAUUCACAGGGUCGACUGUUUUUAGACAGAGACCCAAAGAUAUUUUCUCACGUCUUGCAAUAUUUGAGGGAAGAAAAUAGUACUGAUAUCAAGAAAGGUGCUGAUUUAUCUCCUACGCAAGAUUUUGAAGAAGGACAAACAUGCAAAUGGUUGCAUCAUUUACCAAAGUACGAGCAGCAACGCUUUGCUGAUGAAUGUGAACAUUUUCAUCUAUCGCUACCGUCGUUUUUCGCAGAUUCUUUUCCCGAAUUUCAACGAAGUCAUCCUCAUUUUAAUCGAUGUGUUUCAGACAAUGAAAUUUACAGAUCUGAAAUGAGAAAUAAAUCUAUCAGACGCUCUCAUAGUGGACCAAAAUAUAUAUCAUUGGGAUAUCGAGCAACAUAUGAAGUAACAAGAGACGCUUUCAGCAAUGACAAAUUUCGCAGGAUCACUCGAAUCACAGUUUGCGGAAGUGCUUCGGCAGCGAAAGAGGUGUUCGACGACGACAUUAAUGACAGCAGAGAUCCGGAUAGACAACCCGCAGGUGGAUACACAAGUCGAUACUACUUGAAACACAAUCACCUAGAAAAGGCAUUCGAGUCAUUGAGUGCGAAAGGAUUCCACAUGGUUGCUUCCACAUCAAGCGGUUCUAAAACACUGACAUCACAAGCUGAUGAAUACAAACAGUGGACUGCUUACGUAGAUUACGUAUUUUGCCAUCCGUAAAACACACGAGUCGUCUUCCGGAUGAAAUAUCAGCUGACUUAUUAACAUGAACUGAAUUUUUGAAUUAUUUAAAAAAAAUCUAAAUUCGCAGAUUUUUGAAAUUUUGUUUAUGUAAAACUGUUGCUAAUGUUCGUUUGGGAUAUAGUUUUCUGCGAAUGAGGCACCUGGACCAGACACGCAAUACACACAAAAACAUUUCGUUUAUCCGAAAUUUUUUUUUUAAAUUGUUGAUUAAAGUUACAACUCAACUCUUUUAAAUCAAGCUUUUAUUGUAUAAUUAGUACCUGUUUUACAGCUUUAUGAGCAAUAUCAUAUAAUAUUAUAUAUAUAUAAAGUGAUUGUAGGAAAUCACUUUCGUAUUUGGGUAUUCAUUUUGUUGUUGUUGUGCAUUGUAAAAAUUGACUUCCAUAGGAUACGCUGUAUUACAUGUCGAACUUAAAUACUGUAAAUAAUUUUAUAAAAUUAUUGUUGGAUUUUCUCGUAUGGUCCUACAUCCUAGUUUUUUGAAAGAAGACAAGUCAUCAUUCCCAAGUUUUCUUAAUGCCUCAUGCGAGGAUGUAAAUAAACUAACCCGUCAGGAUUAAGCUCGAGAAGCGUUAGAAGCAAUGUAUGUAAUCUAUUCAACAAAAUUGGUGUCUUUUUAUUUUGUAUUUACAUUCGAAGCCGCCGACCUGCAUUUUCAUUGGAAUAUAGAACUGUUUAUAUAUUGUUUACGAGUGGAUUGUCAACUAUAUGUUAUUUGUAAAUACGUCACGUGUUGUAAAAUCAUACUGUAUUUAUCGGCCAUUGAUUUGGUUGGUUAUUACGCUUUUGUUUACUUUUACUUUGCUAUUAUACGAUGUUUGAUUUGAUGAAUGUAAAAAUAAUACUGCCAUACCGUUUCA